CCGGCGGAGGGCGCACGUCUUACGCAGCCGGCGGCAGCGGCGGCGUUGAGGAGACUGAGCCUGUGGCGUCCGCGGGCUCGGUCCCCAGCCUGGGAAAAGAUGGCCCCACGGGCCCCGAGGGGCCUAGCCCCAGCUCUGCUCUGGGGCCUGAGCCUCUUCGUUGGCCUCCCAAGCCCGGUCUGGGUCCAGUUUUCUCCGCCUCCCAAGUCUUCUUCCCCCACCGAGCCCCAUCCAUGUCACACCUGCCGGGGACUGGUCGACAGUUUCAACAAGGGCCUGGAGAGAACCAUCCGGGAUAACUUUGGAGGUGGAAACACUGCCUGGGAGGAAGAGAAGUUGUCCAAAUACAAGGACAGUGAGACCCGCCUGGUAGAGGUGCUCGAGGGAGUGUGCAGCAAGUCGGACUUCGAUUGCCACCGCCUGCUGGAGCUGAGUGAGGAGCUGGUGGAGAGCUGGUGGUUUCACAAGCAGCAGGAAGCCCCAGACCUCUUCCAGUGGCUCUGCUCAGAUUCCCUGAAGCUCUGCUGCCCCUCAGGCACCUUUGGGCCCUCCUGCCUUCCCUGUCCUGGGGGUGCGGAGCGGCCCUGCGGUGGCUACGGGCAGUGUGAAGGGGAAGGAACUCGCGGAGGCAGCGGGCACUGUGACUGCCAAGCCGGCUAUGGGGGUGAGGCCUGUGGCCAGUGUGGCCUCGGCUACUUUGAGGCGGAGCGCAAUGCCAGCCAUCUGGUAUGUUCGGCUUGUUUUGGCCCCUGUGCCCGCUGCUCAGGACCUGAGGAAUCAAAUUGUUUACAGUGCAAGAAGGGCUGGGCCCUGCAUCACCUCAAGUGUGUAGACAUUGAUGAGUGUGGCACAGAGCGAGCCAGCUGUGGAGCCGACCAGUUCUGCGUGAACACGGAGGGCUCCUAUGAGUGCCGAGACUGUGCCAAGGCCUGCCUGGGCUGCAUGGGGGCAGGGCCUGGCCGCUGUAAGAAGUGUAGCCCUGGCUACCAGCAGGUGGGCUCCAAGUGUCUCGACGUGGACGAGUGUGAGAUCGCGGUGUGUCCAGGAGAGAACGAGCGAUGCGAGAACACCGAGGGCAGUUACCGCUGUGUCUGUGCUGAGGGCUACAAACAGGUUGAGGGCGUCUGUGUGAAGGAGCAGAUCCCAGAGUCAGCAGGCUUCUUCUCGGAGAUGACAGAGGACGAGCUGGUGGUGCUGCAGCAGAUGUUCUUUGGUGUCAUCAUCUGUGCACUGGCCACGCUGGCCGCCAAGGGUGACUUGGUCUUCACCGCCAUCUUCAUUGGGGCUGUAGCAGCCAUGACCGGCUACUGGUUGUCAGAGCGCAGUGACCGUGUGCUGGAGGGCUUCAUCAGGGGCAGAUAAUCCCUGCCACACCUGCAGCAUCUCCUCCUGCCCAGGCUGCCCCCAAGGUCGGGACUCUCCCACCUGGACAUUUGAGGCACUUGCUUUAUUUUUGAGUGUGGUAAGCACCCUCUACCCACCUUAUGGAGCAGCCCAGACACCUGAGCCUGGGCAGGUGAGGCCCUUGGGUGAAAAAGCCCUAUAGGUGGGUGCCGUGAGAUCUUGGCCUUGGGGCACUGGUCAGGGUUCACAGCGUUGUGAAUUUUUUUUAAAAAGUGUCUCCUCGUUGUGGCUGCUAGUGAGCUUUGGCCCCUGCCCAGGAUGCGGGGGGGGGGGCGGUGUCCCUUCACAACCCCCUCCUGCCAGCUGCAUGCUGUCAGCUCCUAUUCUCUCCUCACCCCCUUGCCCCUUAGCCACUGAUUUAUUUAUUCAUCUCAGGAAAUAAAGAAAGGUCUUGGGAAA